UGACACUAUUCCACUCGGCACCAACGUCACAGGCCUACGCCAACCUCUGUUAGUGCAAGGGAACAAGCAGCACUCUUGCAUUGCGAAGCGGAAUCCGAACAGUGCAAUAACAAGCGCGACGAAGGCGCUGACAUGGAUAGUACAGGCCGGGUGCAGACGCUGAGCGUGAACCUAUCCAGCGAUAGGUCCGCGCCUCGAACCAGAAACGUCUAAGGCAGAGUCGGCGGGCUGAAACCGGAGCGAGACAAACUCAGAACGCGGGGGACGGAAACGCUGACGCCACACACAACGUCGCGUCAGAGGGUGCGACAGUUGCGCAGGAACGCGGUACGGGCUCCGUCCUGCUGUGCACUCGAUACCUGUGAUGAGGGGAAAUCACACGCCAGCGGGCUCUGCCCCUCGACGCAGGCCGCAGACACAGGCCAACCAGGCCCUGGAGAGCACCCUGCUGUUCAAGCCCUCAAGGAUGUCGAGAAAGGAUCCGUGAACAUCUCGGUGAACAUGCGGCCACUACUAUGUGCUUUGCGCGUCGGUGUCUCUGUGCUGUCGAGCACAGAGAUGCUGGCGACCCCAGACGAUGUCCUCUACUUUCUGGCGGAAGCCGCUCCGAAUGCCACUAAACGACUAAUCGAAGCGGCCAUGAGCGCGGAUCCCGAAUCUGCUGGCUCACAAGCGGCUAAGAUGGUCGAUAUGCACCGCAAGGCGUACGGCCGCACCUUCAAGAAGCGUGUGGCGGGAGGUUAUGAGAGAGUCGCUGACCUACUAUAGCGAGAGAAUCGGGCGCUGGCGGGUUUGCGGAACAACUUCCCAAUCUGUGAAUUGGAUGCUCACGGACGACCGAGGCCAAAGGUCGGACCAGCAUGGGGAGGAGUUAGGCAUGGCAUCGCGUUCGAGCAGAUGCAACAGCAAGGAUCAAUGGCAACGGAGGACGGGACGAACAACACAGCCGGCGAGGGGUGCGAAAGUGAGCCUGGACAAGGAGAUAUGGCUGCUGUGGAGUGUGACAGCCUGGUAGAUGGUGCCACUGAGGGAGCGUGCCAUGCUAACGCGGAUGCUGGAAUGUCCUCAUACCCCCCAAGUGUGGGGAUCCCAGGUGUGCAGUAGCGAAUGGCACAUGCUUUGUAGGUGGUGCCUUGGGGGGCACGCACCAUGGAUGUGCGGGUGCUGUACCAGUACCGCAGACGCACUGUGGAGUCUCUGUCCCUCUUCGUGGUGGGGAGGUCUUAGGUGCAGACGCUCUGCAUAACCACUUGGGACCACCUCCCUUUGGCGGUGCAGCUCAGUCGGCCGCAAGGUGGGCGAGUUGCAUACCAUCAUCGAGUGCGAGGGAUAAGGUCCCUCGGUAUUGGCCCAAGUUCCCAACUAUGGAUGCCAUUGCUGUAAAACUGAGGGGUUUGCAGGGGCGAGAUGGAGUUGAAGUCAUGGAAGUUCUCCUGGGCUUCGGUGGGAAUGUUUUGGCGAUGUGAGGACUGCUCGCAUGGGGUUGAGUUCUGGUCGUGCACCAGUAGGACCAUUGAUAAGGCACGCGCAACUGGGGGCCUGCGGAUGCCCAUACUGCAGUCCAAGUAUGUGGGGGCGUUCACCCUAGCCGGUAUGGGAUAUCAGCAGAUGUCGGAGUUUAGUCGCAACUUCGGGAUUCCCACACCUGCGAAGGCCACUUUCUACGAGUAUCUAGGGGCUGAUAAUGGGUUGUGGAACGCGAUACUUCGAGAGGCGGAUAGGUCGAUGGAGUCAGUACGCGGUGAGAUGAGCGCACGCGAGAAACCGGGAGAAUGGGUUACAGCUGAUGGCCGGUGGUCUCAUGUGCGAGAGGGAGAGUGGUGCACAGUAUCAUUCAUGGACAUACCAUCGCGCAAGAUCCUCUACUGUUGUACAACGAGGAAAAGGGUGCACGAUGACUCUUAAGUUAGGUUGGAGAGGAAAGCAUUCGACCUAGGUGUCGAUGAGCUGGCUGCGAAGGGGUUUUUGGUCGAAGGUAUUAUUUCGGAUCAGGGCACAACUUUCAGGGGCGCGGCUACUGACCGCAACCUGAAUCAUCAAGUGGAUUGGUGGCAUGUAA